AUGAAGCCGAAGGAAGAGCCAGACUUGAUCUUGGGGUCUCGUUAUGCUGAAAUCGAUCUGAAUGAAUCGCCCAUCGUCGUUCUUCGUUGCGGUCACUUCUUCACCACCGAAACUUUGGACGGACUAGUCAGCCUCAAAGACGUGUAUAGCGUCGAUGCGAAGACGGGCGCCUUCACCGGAUUGAUUGAGGACGCCGAGCUUUCCGCAUCGAUUCCGCAAUGCCCGAAUUGUCGAGAGCCUGUCAAGCAGUAUGUCACCCAGCGCUACAACCGGCUCAUCAACCGAGCUUUCAUCGAUGAGAUGUCCAAGCGCUUCAUCGUCAACGGUCAACAAGACUUGCAGCAACUAGAAGGCCAGCUUAUGGAAGUCAGGAAGGACCUCGAAAAGUCGCGCAUGUCGGUUGUUCCCGAUAAGCCAGUCCAGCUCCGCGGUCAGGAAGCUCACGAGUUCACCAUGCAGUCCAUCAACGACGAGAUCAAUAAUCGCGCAAGGGAUACUAUCAAACUACUAAACGCAAUUAAGGCGUUUCAGCAUAGGAUGGAUAUCCGACACCAACCAACAUACAAGCUGCACCAGGCGACCGUGCAUAGUAUGGCGCGAAGUGAACCACUGGAUGUUGAGCUCGCAAGGUUGACAAUCGACUCUUCGGAAAAGUCCGCCAAACGCGAUCGCGACCAACGCAUCACCCUUGGCGGCAGCCUGCUCGAAAUCAAGGUACGCUGCUUGGUGCUUGAGGAGAACUUCGAGAUCAUGCGUACUGUAAACCAGAAGCAUUUCCAGAGUACCUUGCCUCUCAGUUUUCCCGGUGGUUCACCGGUCGCAAGGACGGAUCAGUUCCUCAAAGACACGCAGAGGCUCAUCGAUGACUGCACACGUGAGAGUUUGCCUAAGAUUUCGGUUGAGGCUAUCCUGCACUAUGCCCGGAUCGCCCAGUUCUUUGGUAGUGCUCAAUCUGGUCAGAACAACGACCGCGCAAAGGCUAUGAGCUACCGCAACAUCGCUAAAGGCUUGCUGGCGAAGGCAGACGGGCUUUGUGAGAACUCUUUCCGGGAUCGGGACACCCUACGCCAAGCCAUAGUCGCUACAAUGACGAUGCUGAACAAGGAGUUCUACGAGACGGUAUCGAAAGAGGAACUGGAGUCUAUCAAGAAGGCUAUGUUCGCCAUUGGAGAGUGCGGCAUGCCCAUGCAGCUCGCGCGUUGUCCAGAAUGCGGCAAGCCUGUUGGUGGCCAGGGUCACACUGCCGUCGCUGGAGUAUCACGCGCCAGGGAGAUGGAGGAUUGA